AUGAAGAGGCACUUAUCCCCUUGGCUGGCCCUUGUCCUGCUCUUCGGUGCUCUCACUCGAGCUCUCAAAGACCCCAGCCGGGCGCAUAUUGCCGAAAGUGGCAACCUUCCAGUUUAUCAAGAGAUCUCAAACGGUAGUAACGUCAUUUCCUAUCUGUCAUCGAAAACACCUCAUCAAAACGCGAUCUUCUCCGAAGCAGUGCAUCUCUUGGAAUCCGUGUCGACGUUACCAUCAUGCGCUCGCAUCGCGUCGGUGAAGCUGGUGACCUCCUGCAAAUCCUUCGAGGGCAAUGAUAAUGCGGAUCGGGUAUCCCAUGAGACCUUGGAUCGCAUCCGAUCAGUCUAUGCUGCUCGCCUCGCAAUAUGCGAGCUCGAAGGUGCAGGCGCCUCAGUCCCCGCGCCUUGCCUCCCUGUCACCCUUGCGCCUCCAGCGUCAAAAAUUCGAUUUGGGUUCAUGAGUAAGACCAAUGCUCCUGACACCGGCACAGUUCUUGUUCCAAAAGAGCUGCUCGAGCAGUGCCUCAAGGCUCUUGAGUCACGGCCCCAGUGGUGGACUUCCUACAGCAACAGUCGGCAGAAUGCCAUGGUCAUUUGCCAAGCCUCGCGGAUUGAGGUCGAGAAAGAGGAACUACUGCAACUUCACCGUUCCAUAUUGAGGAGCAGCAUCAAGUUGGACGAGGGGUUUCAUCAAGCGUUGCGCAAUGCCGUAAUGGAAGCGUCGCAGCACGAAGCCUUUGUACAAGCUGUCCAAUCACUACAAGGGAAGCUUGUGACAGAUAUGGAGGCCGGCCAGUCUUUCUUUCAAAAGACAUUGAAAGGCUUUCUUCGUGAUAUUGCACUCGGAAUUGACACCUUGAAUGCUGCUGUCACAUCGGCGCUGGGCCGUGUGCGGUCAGAGACUGCAGUCCUCGAAAAGAACAUUCAAAACGCCUCAGGUCAGGUCAACGCUCUCCAACAAGCUUUGCAAUUUGCGCAUCAAGAUUCCUUAUCCAGGAACCAGCUGGCUCUCCGUGCGCAUGAAGACAACACUCAGGCUUACCAAGACCUUGCCUCGGUACUACAAUUGUCACUUGAGUCACUGGUGGAGACAGACAUGGCAAGACUCUUCCAAAGUGUAGGAAGAUUAGAUGCUUCUUUGGAAUGGCUCACAAGCCGACUGAUCCUUGUCCUCAAACAAGAGAACAAAAUGGCCGAGCGACUACAAACCAUGGAGGCAGCCAUGGAACAAUCGCAAGCAAAGGCGGAUGAGCUGCAAAAAGGUCAGAACAUGCAAGUCCAAGCGCUAGCAGCGCAAUUCCAAGUCCAAAAGGAGAUGCAAUAUAACGCGCAGAUCUCCCAGGCCUUGCUGGACAAGGCCGCCACAACUGCUGCGAAUCUACACACCAUCAUCGACGAAGCAGCCACAAAAUACAAACAAAUACCGAACUUGCACUUCCACGGUCUCUCUACUUGGACACUAUGCGGUGUCCUGCUCAUUCUCAUCGGAGCCCAUAAUAUGAAAGCUGCCGUCAGCGUAUUCUUCUUGGUACUCGCCCCCGACGCGUUCGCCCAAGUGAAGAAGGGACUCAAGGCUAUCUUCAGCCGUAAAAAGGAGAAGAAGGAUAUUUCCAAGCCCGAGGAGAAGCCCGCUGCUACCGAGACUCCAGCUGCAACCACCACCGCGGCUGCACCUGCUGCCGAGCCCAGUCCAACCCCGGCUCCGGCUCCGGCUCCUGCCCAGGAGCCCGCUGAAACCACGAAGCCCACCGAGGUCAAGCCCGAAGAGACCUCCGCCCCGGCUGAGACCCCCACCGAGGUGCCAGCCGGCGCAAGCAACGAAGACCGACGAGCCAACCAAAUAAGGUGCACAGCAGUUGGCACUAGGAUGCAUCUACGUUCUGUCCUGUCCCUUCCCCGCGCCCUUUAA